GUAACAGGUCCGAAGUCCCCUGGAGCUAGAAAUCUGUUUCUCUUUGCUCUGUAUGCUCCAACAUAGACGACAUUAAGAAUUUUUUUCUUUUGGUUUAAAAAUAGUUAAGUCGUUUUUUUUGCUUUGAAAUCUGAUAUUUUUAACUGCUUUUCUUUUUUCUUAAAUCUUGGGCACCACUACAAACAUUCAUAUCGGACUACUCUCGCAGUCUGCUAUCGUUGAGUAGCAGACAGGAAGAUCCACAAUGGCUCGUGUUUUAGUAACGUGUUUAUUAAUUGUGUCAUCAGCGCAUGUGGCGGAAUCAUCCGGAGUGUUUGAGUUGAAAGUGCACUCUUUCACUAGUGCAAGCAGUGUAUGUAAACGGUCCAGGGACUGCCAGAUCUUUUUCCGCGUUUGUCUGAAUCACCCACAAGACAUACUACCAGAGCCACAGUGCCAUUACGGCACUGGAAAGACAGGACUGUUCAACGCAGACUCCGUCUCCAGCAGUGCGCAUAUCCGUUUGCCUUAUAAUUUCAAGUGGCCGGCAAUCGUCUCGUUGAUAAUCGAAGCCUGGAACGCAGAGUCCCCUGAUCAGUCAACAAAAAACAUCAACAACAUGGUCAGCCGUUUGGCCACCAAAAGAAGACUCGCCAUCAGCGAGGACUGGUCCCAGGACGUGCACGUCGCAGAGCAAAGCCAGCUGCGCUUUUCUUAUCGUGUUGUGUGCGAUGAAUUCUACCAUGGCGAGGAAUGCUCGGUUUUCUGCCGCCCACGGAACGACGCAUUCGGCCACUACAACUGUGACGCCGCUGGUAACAUAAUUUGCCUGCCUGGAUGGGAAGGCGACUUUUGCAUGAAACCCAUCUGCUUGUCUGGCUGUAUAGAGGAGCAUGCUUCUUGUGAGGCCCCUGGUGAGUGCAAAUGCCGCCUUGGGUGGCAGGGCCCCCUCUGUGACGAGUGCCAGCGAUACCCAGGAUGCCUGCAUGGCACCUGCAACCAGCCCUUUCAGUGCACUUGCAAGGAAGGCUGGGGGGGUCUGUUCUGCAAUGAGGAUCUGAAUUUUUGCACCAAUCACAAGCCUUGCAAGAACAACGCCACCUGUACCAACACCGGCCAGGGCAGCUACACCUGCAUCUGCAAGCCUGGCUUCAAUGGCGAAAAAUGCGAGUUCGAGACCAACGAGUGUGACAGCAACCCAUGCAAGAACGGAGGCAGUUGCAAUGAUCUGGUGAAUGAUUACACCUGCACGUGCCCUCAAGGAUUCUAUGGGAAAAACUGCGAGGUCAGCGGUAUGACCUGUGCCAACGGGCCCUGCUUCAAUGGAGGGACCUGCACGGUGAAGGGAUCUUCUGGCUACUCCUGCCUCUGCCUUCCUGGUUACAUGGGCUCCAACUGUGACAAGAAAAACGACCGAUGCAGCAGCAACCCCUGUGCUAAUGGUGGCCAGUGUCAUGAUACGGGAAACGGACUGAUAUGCCGAUGCCGCCCCGGCUUCUCAGGCUUGCGUUGCGAAAUCAACAUUGACGACUGCGCAAACAACCCUUGCCAAAAUGCUGGCACCUGCGUGGAUGGAAUCAACGGCUAUACCUGCACAUGCACGCUUGGUUUCUCAGGGAAAAACUGUGCUGUGCGCUCUGACGACUGCAGCCUCAUGCCUUGCGGGAAUGGAGGGACCUGCUACACCCAUUUAUCUGGGCCCUUCUGCCAGUGUCCACCAGGCUUCAUGGGCACACUUUGUGAGGAUAAAGACGAGCCUACUGUGGCCAGCUCUCCUCUUCCAGCGGCCUUGGUGGUCUCAUUCAUUCUAGGCCUCAUCACUCUUACCCUAGUGGUCUUUGCCGCCAUUGUGAUCCUGAGACAGAUGCGACGAGGUCAAAAAAUCACCUCCACCACCGUGUGCAAUGACUUGGAGUCCAUCAACAACAGAGUCCCUUUGACCACGGCUUCAACUUUAGGCCGAGAAAAGGAGGCCUUGCUCAUUCCUGGUGGUCCGCCAUUUAAGGUGUGCAAUAAAGAUGUGGCUCUCAGAUCCACAACCGUAGACAGUCAUUCCAAUGAAAAAUCGAAUUACAAGCAGAAGGUGGUGGACUACAAUAUGAGCAUUGACGAAAUACCCACAAACAGCAAACUAGACAUGAAAAACUCUGAAUCUACAUUGCUGGUUCCACCACUGAACUAUCCAAAAGAGGGAGUGUAUCACCCUGUGUACAUCAUUCCUGAACACAUAGAGCAAUGCGUAUUUGCUACUGAGGUUUAACAGUAUUCUUCAAUCUGGAGCACCUCAAUCACCAGCGGGCCUGACCCGAAAAUGUUUACAGUCUUAAACGACAAAAGGAAGGCGUUAAGAGAGCAUAUAUUAUAUCUACAUUAUACUAUUUAUUUAUUCAUGCUGCUGAGUAAAAGGACUACUUCUUGUUAUGGACGAUGAUUCUGCGACGACAAAGCAAAAGACUUGAAGACUUGAGGAACAACUUGCAUUAUUUGCACAAUAUAUUUUCCUUUUUUAAUUUUUUGUUAAAUGACCUGAAUACAAUUUAUAUAUAUAUAU